AUGCCUCGACGUCAGAAGAAUAAGUCCCGAAAUCGUGAGAAACACCCUCCGGGCCCAGGGGACGCCCAUGAUAGCAGAGGUGCUCAGGCCACAGCAGCAGUGGACAAAGAGCCCCUCUCUAACUCCUCUGCUUGUCCUAGUGAUACCACCCAGGGUUCUGCUGCUGUGGACUCGUGUAGUAUUCCCAAGAGGUCUCAGAGACCCCAGUCCACCACUACAACUUAUGUAGCCAAUUCUUGCAGAAGAUUGGAUGAAGGUGUCAACAGAGAGAAUGAAGAACAUUGCUGUAUCUCUGAAACUGAGUGCUGCAUUCCUGACCCUCUGACCAUUAAGGCAGAUUUGUUGGAGCAGUUCCUGAUAUACAAGUAUAAAAUGAAGCAGCCCAUUUACAUGGCAGACAUGCUAAAGGUUAUCAGCCGGAAAUAUAAAGAUCACUUUCCUGAGAUCUUCCAGAUCGUAUCUGAACGCAUUGAGACUAUGUUUGCUGUGGAUGUGAAGGAAAUUGACUCCACCACUAAGUCCUAUGCUCUGGUUAGCAAACUGAACCUCCCCAACAAAGGAAGGGUACGUGCUGGCAUAGGGUUGCCCAAGACCAGUCUACUGAUGACCCUCCUAGGUGUCAUCUUAUUAAAUGGCAAUUGCACACCAGAGAAGGAGAUCUGGGAAUUCCUGAAUAAGAUGCAUAUAUUUGCUGGGAGGAAGCACUUCAUCUAUGGUGAGCCCAGGCAGCUCAUUACCAAAGAUUUCGUGAGGCUGAAUUUCUUGGAGUAUCGGCAGAUACCCAACAGUGAUCCUCCAUGCUAUGAAUUCCUGUGGGGUCCCAAAGCCCACGCUGAAACCUCUAAGGUCAAAAUCUUUGAGUAUUUGGCCAAGGUCAACGGUAUUCUCCCCAGCUCUCUAGAAGCCCUAUAUGAAGAGGCUAUGAGAGAUGAAGAAGGAAGAGCCUGA